AUGAGCGGGAAGUAUCGGAAUCUCGGAUUUGUCUUGACCCAGGGCGCCUUGGUGGGUUACAGUAUCGAGGUGCGCGAUCCAGUCACGCUAUCUAACACGCGUGGCGUCUCCCUACUUCAUCCUUCCAUUCCCACUCUGGAACCAGGCGCAUCGAGUGCGAUCGUCUGGACGUGGUGCUGGCAUAGCGAUUGGGACGAAUUCUUCAAGCAAAGUGCCGUGUACUCCGAGCAGUUCGUGUGGGUCAAAGCAGACAACUACACAACCAUCACCAAAGAGACAGACUCCAUCUCUCUCACUGGUACUUCCGUCAACGCCAACACGAAAAUCAGUGGCCAGGCAGUGCAAUGCCGGACGAAUCUUGUGGUCACCACGGAGAAUGGCUACAAUUCCACAGUCUUCUUAAAUGUCGUCCCAAAAUACGAUGACUUGAUUGUCAGCCGCACUAAAUUCAUCAUCGAGAAUCAGCAAGAUCUUACACCCGACACACCAGCAGAGGGAGCCUAUCGCGUCUUCGAUAACCAAGCUAACGCUCUCGCGACGUGGGAUACAUCGACAGACCGAAACCCCGGCCACGAACGUGUGGGAAUGGGCAUCCUCAUUGCACGCUGGCUGAAGAAGGACCCGGAGAACUCUGAAUUGCGACGGUCUCUAGAGAAGUACUACACUCGUGUGUCGACCAAGCUACAGGAGGAGAAUGGAUUUGUCCGUGAUAGGCCAAUUGGAAAUGAUGGCAGCAAGAAGCGCCUGUAUAACUGGUCGUGGGUUCUCCAGUUCCACAUCACAGUUGCUGCUCUCGACCUUAAUUUGACCGAAACAGUAGCGGAGAAGGCACCCCUUGAGCGCUUUAUGCUCACCCUGGAAAGCUUUUACGCUGAAGGUGGCGGCGCGUUGUACGCCAUUGACCUCCCCAUUCUAGAAAGCUUGCAAGCGCUCGAAAAGCACGAGAACGAAGAAUGGCUAAAGAAAGCUAAGGAGUUGUUUCUCGCCCAUGGAGAGAAUAUCGCAAAGCGAGGACUCGACUACCCGUCGUUCGAGGUCAACUUUGAACAAUCCAUCAUCGUCUUCGCCGCUGUAGUGCUCCAUGAGCUCUGGCGCUACACAGGCAAUGGCAAGUGGCGGAAUGCCGGCAAGCUACAACUUGAUACUCUCCUCCUCUCUUUGCGGGCAAACAGCCCGACUAUCGCCUCCACGACGUCGCGAUCCGCCACUGGGACGGCUACCGGUUCGAACGACACCCGAGAUGAUGCGGCCGCGGCCUUGAAGUCGGCCAACAGUAUCAUCCGAAACAAUCUUGCUUUAUUUGAGGCGAAUGGGCGCGCUUUGUCUGCGUGCAUUUAUCCGAACUCCGUCAACGGCCGCGCUGGGAACUACAAGGAUCCAUAUGCAAAUGAUCAGGGCUGGGUGCUGGCUCAUCUAUUGCAGAUCGAGGAGGACGAUGCCUUUGAUAGAGAGUAA